UUAGGAAAAUAAAACAGUCAUUGUGGUAGGGCAGCACCUAGUAUGACUGCAUGCUUUCAUCUGUUUAUUCUAAGUUUGGCAAGCUGAAGAACUCACCUUGUCUUACUUUAGCACUAGUCCUCCAGGGUAUCAGGACCUCCAGAAGCUGUAUCUGUUUUUGCUGUGUGGAGAGAGGAGCUACUUGAUCCGAGGUCAUUCUUCUGCUCUGUUAAUUCCUCCAGUCCUGCUGUGCCUCUAUGCCAUGGUAUAUCAGAGUGUAGAAGCUACAUCAUGAGUGUGACUCCAUCCUGCAUCCUUGACAGCCAGCUGACCACCACCUGGGGCCCGUCUAACUCCUACCCUGAUGUUUCAACGGUGGUGACUGGUUACACAAGUCGCCUGUGGCCUCGGGACUCCCAGCCUCAGUUCUGGACUAAGUUCCAGGUGUGGGAGUGGCUGCAGCAGGUCGUGGACAUGCACCAGAUUGACGCCUCCAACAUCCCCUUCCAAAACUUCGACAUCGAUGGCCAUCAGCUCUGCAGCCUGAGCUACCAGGACUUCAUCCGUGCUGCAGGCAGCGUGGGACACAUCCUGUUCCAAAGCAUCACAGAGCUCAAGUGGGGCGGGCAGUACCAUGUGGAUGUCGAACAACUGGACCUCAAACCAGAGUUCGACUUCUCCUGUCCAUUUCCAGAUGUCAGCUAUCCACCUGGAGACAUCUAUGAUCCCUCAAUCCACCUAGCACCUGUUGCUUCUCCCACCCCAUCGAGUCCCGAAAUUAAGAGGUCUUGCAGUCGUCCUCAUCAGGUCAAAAAACACAACCCGAGGGGGACUCACUUGUGGGAGUUCAUCAGGGACAUUCUGCUAAACCCAGAGCGAAACCCGGGGCUGAUCAAGUGGGAGGACCGGGCUGAGGGGGUUUUCCGCUUCCUGAAGUCGGAGGCUGUGGCACAGCUGUGGGGCAAGAAGAAGAAUAACAGCAGCAUGACCUAUGAGAAACUAAGCCGGGCAAUGAGAUAUUACUACAAAAGAGAGAUCCUCGAGCGGGUAGACGGACGCAGACUGGUUUACAAGUUCGGACGGAAUGCCCGAGGAUGGAGGGAGUCAGAGAAGUGACGCUUUCAUUCAUCGAUGUUUUCUGUGACAUUAUACUCGAGUGUGAUUGUUUUUUUUUUAUUUUUAUUAUUUACAUUUUAAUUGUCUGUUUUUUUAAAAGACACAUUUGAACUGUAUACAUACUGUAAAUAAUAAUUGUGUGUUUUCCCCUUUAUUAUUUGUUUGUGUUCAUCCCUUGUUGUGACACUGCACUGAGACGUUCUUAACCGUGCCUUAUUGAAAGCGUAGCUCGUAUAACUGCGUGAAAACACUGUUAGGUUGGAGUGUCUAUGUUUUGUUUACAUGCGAUUUCACUGAAGAAAGGACAUCACAACCACCAAACGCUUGCAUUAAACAUAUGAGGAUUUGUUUUUCUGAUGUUUCCAUUCAUUUGCCUCCCACCCACACACACGUCCCAAAGGAGCACAAUGUUGGUAGCAUUCAAAGCAUCAUGUACUGUAUGUGACACUGUGACGAGUCCUUUGGGAAUCAUGUUUUUUGAUGACUGCAGGAAAACAAUGUCAAAUAAAGAUAAAAGAAAGAUAUGCAGAAUGCAGAAAUGAAGUACAUAUAUGCAUAAAGAAGAGACAGAUAAUUACAUCAAAGUAACAGUUUGCUUUGUCUGAUUGUCUUCAUUUCAUUGUGCGUCUUUUGAGCUGUAAAGAAAGUGUGUAUUUGUGUGCUGAUCUUUAAUACAAAUAAAGCUUGUUGCAGUUUUUA